CAACAACCACAACAAGGUGCUCCACAACAACAACCACAACAACCACAACAACAACAACAGCAACCACAACAACAAAUUCCCCAACAACAAUCUAUCCCUUUACAACAGCAGCAACAACAAAUUCCACAAUGAUCCAAAUAAAUUUGCAAUUACACAGCCUAUGGAUGUUGAAACAUUACAAUUAAAUAAAGAAAAGGGUUUAAUUGAUAAAUUUGGUGUUUACCGUGAUGUAUAUUGUAUGGAUGCUGUUCAAUGGUUAAAUAAUAAUGCAAUUGACCCAAAUACAAGUGUUAUAACAUCGUUACCUGAUAUCACAGAGGUUUCAGGUUUUACACUCGAGCAAUAUAAACAAUGGUUUACAAAUACUGUACAAUUAAUUGCCUCAAAGUUAAGUGAUAAUAAUGUUGGUAUUGUUUAUCAAACAGAUAUUAAAUAUCAUUGGAAACAUGAUAGAAGUUUAAUUGAAGAGUAUAUUGACAAAGGUUAUUUAGCAAUGAAAGGUAUAGAGGCAGCAGGAUGCAAGGUAGUUUGGCAUAAAAUUAUGGCAGCAAGUGAUUUAACAAAAAUGAUUAUCACAAAAAAUAAAUCAUCAUUUACACAUAUGAUUUGUUUUGCUAAACAACCAACAAACAUUAAAUAUCAAGAUAAUACACCAGAUAUAAACACAAGAGGUGAUAUGGUUUGGUCCAGAGCUAUGGGUUUAAAUGCUUGUGAAAUUUCAACAUCUUAUGUACGUGGUAUUGGUUCACAUACUGUAUUGGAUCCAUUUUGCGGUAAGGGUUCAGUUUUAGCUGUUGCAAAUGUAUAUGGUUUAAAUGGAAUUGGUAUAGAUCUUUCAACAUCAAAAUUCCGUAAUAGUUUUAAUUUACAAUUAGAUUCAGAAACAAUAAAGAAAUUUUCCUCAAACGUUUGGAAGCAAUCAAAUAACUAUAAAAAU